AUGUCGAAGCCAGCUGCCUCCCUAUUCCACCCCAAGAGGCUCAACCUCUCUGGGUUUGUCAACACCCGCCUGAUCCGUGACAACAACAAGCGCAUGGCCUUCGAGCAGACCGAGCCCGAACGCCAAGCGCUCCGUUACAUGAUCCGCAACACCUCACUCCCCGGCCGUACCCGUGCCCAGGCUCAGCUCCAGUUGUCGCAGAUGCACGCCUAUACCCGGCCGACACAGAUUAAGAACCGUUGUGUGGCAUCUGGUACUGCUCGCAGUGUGUUCCGGGCCUUCAGAAUCAACCGGUACCAAUUCCGUAUGCAGGCUCUUUCUGGUGAGCUUCCUGGUGUGAAGAAGGCCAGUUGGUAA